AUGACGAACCCGGUACGACUGGUUCGCCUAGCCCCGGCGGCCUUUCAGCCGCCUUCUUCGAUGGUGAUGAUGCACCGACCCCCUCUUGCGCAGUACCGCUGCACGUACUUCAACUUAAAUAUGUACCCAUUACGCUCGCCUCCCACCCCUACGUCGUCUACGACACGCAUGCCCCCUAUGCUAGGUCCGACAUGGCUCCCAUACCCCCCGACAUCGUCUACUCAUGAGCCACGGCAUCUACGUCGCUAUGCUGCGUACAUGAAUCCGUCGACGGUGCACACGCCGCAAUGUCAUGUUGCCGUCAUGAUCGGCAAGAAGCGUGUGCAUAAGCAUGCUGUCGUGCGCAAUCGAUGUCGUACGCGUCUGCUAGCUGCGCUGCAAGCGCUUUUGCAAGAGGACCGUCUCCCUGCGCUGCCCAUUCAUUCAGGCACCGCAUCUAUUUAUUAUGCACCCUGGACCGAUCUGCAACGGCAUCUGCGUCGCGCGCUCAACGCGGUGUCUACCACUCUCUCUUCACGCGCUCGAUCGUAG